CUCCGGUUUUCGAUUACCCAAUCGCUCCACCAACUCUUCCCUGGGCUUUUGGAAGACUUCGCUCGAUCCCUGUUUGUUCUGAUCUUAGAAUCGUUCUUGGUGAUCGAGUUCUAGAUUUUUGAGAGCGAGGAGGCGAUGUCGGGCCGAGGGAAGGGAGGGAAGGGACUGGGGAAGGGCGGGGCGAAGCGCCACCGCAAGGUGCUGCGAGACAACAUCCAGGGCAUCACCAAGCCGGCGAUCCGGCGGUUGGCGAGGAGGGGUGGGGUCAAGCGCAUUAGUGGCCUCAUCUACGAGGAGACCCGUGGCGUCCUCAAGAUCUUCCUCGAGAACGUCAUCCGUGACGCCGUCACCUACACUGAGCACGCGCGUCGGAAGACCGUCACAGCCAUGGACGUCGUCUACGCCCUCAAAAGGCAGGGCCGCACCCUCUAUGGCUUCGGUGGUUAGGGUUUUAUAUUCCCUUAUAAAUGCUGCUGCUAAAACGGAAAAGAAAUUAAUAGAAAAAGAGAAAGCAGCAACUCAAACCAUCUGUAGCUCAGAAACUACUAAGUUCAGGCUUUUCACGUUUGCAAUAUGUUUGAUUUGGGUUAAUGUGGGGUUUCUAUCUAUAAUUCUAGUUUGGCGUCAGUAAUUUUUGCUUAUUUAUAGAUGUAUUAUUGUUGGAUUUGAAAGCUGCAAAUGUUGAUCUUCAA